AUGGCGAUGAGAGCAAGACAAAAGAUUCGUGCUCCACGAAGGGGCCUGACAGCUAAUAAAACUGAUGAUUUUGAUACCACAUGGAAUGUCCUUGCAUCCUCUUUACGAGAAAUCCACACCAAAAAUGCAUCCACCCUUUCCUUCGAAGAACUAUACCGGAAUGCAUAUAGAAUUGUGUUGAUGACGCGCGGCGAUGAAUUGUACGAACGAGUCAAACAAUUAGAGAAGGACUGGUUGGACAACGAUGUGCAGAAGCGUAUCACGGCCGCGAUAUCGUCGAGUUUGUUGUUGGCAAAGGAGCCCGCGGAUAUGCAAGAUCAAUCAAACGAGAGAAGGGCAGCGGGGGAGAAAUUCUUGAAUGUGUUGAAAGAGGCGUGGGAAGACCAUCAGUUGUGCAUGGGCAUGAUCACAGAUGUUCUUAUGUACAUGGACCGGGUUAUUUCUACAGACCACCGGAAGCCGUCGAUCUAUGUUACAGCAAUGGCUCUAUUUCGUGAUUCUAUCCUACGUUCCGCGGUUCGGUCCGAUUCGAAAACAACAGUGGCUGAUGUGCUGGAGUCAACUGUGCUCUUUAUGAUUCAGUUGGAAAGAGCGGGGCAUGUUAUUGAGCGACCAUUGAUCCGUCAUUGCAUCUAUAUGCUCGAGGGUCUCUACGAAACAAUAACAGAAGAGGAGUCGUCCAAACUAUAUUUGACCGUAUUCGAGCCGGCGUUCCUGGAGACUAGUAAGACCUUUUAUCAAACGGAAGGGCGACGACUUUUGGAAAUGGCGGAUGCUGCUACAUUCUGCAGACUCGCCACCAAUCGGAUAACAGAAGAGAAGGAGCGCUGUCGCUAUACACUGUCUACACUCACAGAGCCGAAGAUAAAGGAUGUGUUGGAUGAGGAGCUGAUCAGAAAGAACAUUGCCGAGGUCAUCAAUCUCGAAGGCACUGGCGUCAGAAAUAUGCUUGAUCAUGAUCGGUUGGAUGGUUUGCGCAAUGUCUAUGACCUCAAUGCGAGAGUUGACAAGACGAAAGCUGCUCUGACCAAAGUGGUUCAAAAACGAAUUGUGGAAAUGGGCCAAGAGAUCAAUUCGUCCUCCAUUGCAACAGAAACAUCAGGUUCGGCUCCGAAAUCAAAUGAGAAGGAUGCUAGCGGAGAGAAGAAGGCAGCGGGUAAGGAGAAGGAAAAGCCCGUGAACCAGCAGACAGUAUCUGCAAUCAAGUGGGUCGAUGAAAUUCUGGGUCUCAAGAAGAAGUUCGACAAUAUCUGGGAAAACGCCUUUCUGUCUGACCAGGGCCUUCAGGGUUCCAUUACCAAGAGCUUUGCCGAGUUCAUUAACUCGAAUAAUCGCAGCUCGGAGUAUCUUUCUCUAUUCUUUGAUGAGAAUCUCAAGAAGGGUAUCAAGGGCAAAACGGAGAAUGAGGUCGAUGCUCUCUUGGACAAUGGUAUCACCUUGCUGCGCUAUGUGAAAGACAAGGAUCUCUUUGAAACGUAUUACAAAAAGCAUCUUUCUCGACGACUUCUGAUGAAGCGUUCAGCUAGCAUGGAUGCGGAACGGCAGAUGAUAUCCAAGAUGAAGAUGGAGGUUGGAAACCAGUUCACGCAGCGCUUGGAAUCCAUGUUCAAGGACAUGGCAAUCUCUGAUGACCUAACUUCAAGUUACAAAGACCAUGCCCUCCAGAGUGGUGAUCCGGACCAAAAGCGAGUCGACUUGGAAAUCAAUGUACUUACCAGCACCAUGUGGCCUAUGGAGAUCAUGUCAAGCACGCGAGAUGGCGAAGUGCAGCUGCCAUGCGCCUUUCCGAAAGAAAUCGAGACCGUCAAGCAAAGCUUCGAACAGUUCUAUCUCAGCAAACAUAACGGCAGAAAGCUCUCGUGGCAAGCCAGUAUGGGCACUGCCGAUAUUCGAGCGACAUUCACAAGGUCCAAUGGCAAGGUUCAACGUCAUGAGCUCAACGUGUCCACCUUUGCCAUGGUGAUCCUGAUGCUGUUUAACGACGUCCCCGCAGGCGAAUCCCUCACCUUCGAAGAGAUACAAGCACGCACACGAAUCCCCGAUCAUGACCUGAUUCGAAACUUGCAAUCGCUGGCUGUUGCACCCAAGACCAGAGUCUUGAAGAAGGAGCCAAUGAGCAAGGACGUGAAGCCAACAGACAAAUUCUACUUCAACCAGGACUUCCAGAGUCCCUUCAUGAAAGUUCGUAUUGGCGUUGUCAGUGGAGGUGCCAACAAGGUCGAGAAUCAGGACCAGCGGAAGGAAACAGAGAAGAAGAUGAAUGAUGAGCGUGGUGCCAGUAUUGAGGCCGCUGUCGUGCGAAUCAUGAAACAACGCAAGACCCUGAAUCAUUCCCAACUCAUGAAUGAAGUACUUACGCAGCUCUCUGCCCGCUUCAUCCCGGACGUCAACAUGGUCAAGAGACGUAUUGAAAGUUUGAUUGACCGCGAGUAUCUCGAGCGAGUCUCAGAAGAUCCACCCGCGUACGGCUACAUCGCGUAA